CUAGGUGGCGGGACUGGCUUUGUGGGCAGAGCCCUGACCCAGCUGCUGCGGAGCCGCGGGCAUGAAGUGACCCAUGUCUCUCGACAAGGAGGCACGGAUCGGAUCAGCUGGGGAGAGUUGUCCCACUCUGGACUGCCCCUGUGUGAUGGCGUGGUGAACUUGGCUGGUGAAAAUGUCCUUAACCCUUUCUGCAGAUGGAAUGAUGCCUUCUGCAAAGAAAUCAUCAGCAGCCGGGUUGAGACCACCAAGACCUUGGCCAAGGCCAUUGCUGAUGCUGAACAGCCACCACGUGCUUGGGUUCUCGUCACUGGCGUAGGUUAUUACCGCCCCAGCCCCACAGAUGAGUACACAGAGGACAGUCCUGGAGGUGAUUUUGAUUUCUUCUCACGCCUGGUGAGCUCCUGGGAAGCUGCAGCUCUCAUCCCUGGAAGCCCAGCUCGUGGUGUCGUGGUGAGAUCUGGGGUGGUGCUGGGCCAAGGUGGUGGAGCAAUCUCUCACAUGCUCUGGCCUUUCCGUCUGGGACUGGGCGGCCCCCUGGGCUCUGGCCUCCAGCCCUUCCCGUGGAUCCACAUUCGGGACCUGGCUGGCAUCGUGUGUCAUGCUCUGGAGAGCGAGUGCCUACAAGGUGUCCUUAAUGGUGUCUCCCCAUCCUCCCCUGCCACCACCAAUGGCACCUUUGCUCAGGAGCUUGCGACGGCCCUGGGGCGCCCGGCCCUGGUGCCAGUGCCCGCGUGGGCCGUGCGGGCUGUGUUUGGGGCAGAGCGGGCCAGCAUGCUCUUGGAGGGGCAGAAGGUGGUUCCAAAACGCACCCUGGAGAGCGGCUACCGCUUCAUCUUCCCUGACCUGCGUGGAGCUCUGAGGGACAUUGUAGCUUGA